UAUUUCAGCGAAUGUUUUCACAAAGAUGAUAAUUUUUCCAGCCGUUGUCGUCGUCUAAAAAUAAUCAUUUCUCGUAUUAUUAUUGUUAUUAAUCGUAAGCGGCGGAUGCCUUCUAGUUGUAUAACGUAGUCAGGCUAAUGGUCGCAUUAAAUGAUGGCAAGCAAAAUUGUUAUCGAGACAGAGAGAAGCUGAGAAAGGGUCAAUUGUGUACGGCACGUGAUGCGUAAUGUUCAGCCUGAUAUAUCACUAUUCCUUUCAAUUUGAUUUAAUACGUAUAAGAACUACUACAUAUAUAGCCAAUCAACAACUCGUCAACAUUGUAGGACGCAUGCUCGUUAAAGAAUUUCGCGGAAAACACGUGGUUUUCAUCACACGCCAACUUGUCUUUUAGUUACCGAUAUCUAAUGAGUGUAACUGAUUCCAAGAUUAUUUUUUCAAAAGACAUCAAUUCUGUUAAACGAAGAUAUUUUCAGCUUAAGGGUAUUGCAGUGGAGUGGUCGAUGCUUCUUUUUCCGGCAACCGGCAUCCAUUUUCGUUAUUGGCUUGUCUAAGGUUGGCGCGUUUAGCAUCUAUGAACGGAUUCUUUAACGAUAAGUGAAAUAUAUACUGUUAAAUGGAAGGUGCGCCAACCAGUAGAGGUGGAUUUCGUGGAGGACGUGGUGGACCAGGCGGCCCUAUGAGAGGACGCGGAGGUUUUGGAGACAGGGGAAGGGGUGGCCCUCCUAGAGGAGGUGGUAUGAUGAGAGGUGGCCGAGCUAGUGGACCUGGAGGUGGAAUGAGAGGUGGACCACCUGGAAUGAGAGGCAGAGGUGGUCCUCCUGGAAGAGGUGGCCGCGGUGGACAUUUUCCUCCUGGAGGUCCACCAGAACCAGGAAUGUCUAGUGGUCCAGGAGGUGGUGGACCACCACCACCAGGAAUGGGAGGACCACCACGUGGUGGCAGUAGGGGAGGUGGAAGCAGUGGUUUCCGAGGUAGAGGAAGAGGUGAUUUUGGUAGAGGUGACAAUCGUGGUGGUAGUAGUAAUUUCCGUGGACGGGGAAUGGAUAGAGGCAGCAGAGGGGGAUCUAGGGGAGGAUCUGGUAGAGGUGGUCCAGGUGGUAGAGGUUUUGGAGAUCGUGGGAGUAGAGGAGGUAGUGGACGAGGUGGCGGUGGCCCAUCGAAAAGAGGAGGUGGACCACCAGGUUCGAGCGGACCUUCAAAAAGGCCAAGAUUUGAUCAGCCAUCUUCACAAUCUGCGAAUGGUUAUGCAACUCAACCACCGAGUCAAGGUGGAUAUGGAGGAGGUGCCAGUAAUGCUUAUGGUGGAGGACAGCAGCAACCACAACAGCAACAGGCGGUAGGAUACGGUGGUGGUUACGGAUCGCAAAAUUAUCCUCAAUCUUCAUAUCAAAGUUACGAGAGUUAUCAGCAACCGCCAGAUUAUGGUCAAACAGCUGGAUAUCCACCUUCAGCAGCUACUGAUAGUAGGUACGGUGGAGCCCCUACUGUACCAGCUACAGGAGCUUUCAGUGCUGGUGAUCCUUAUAGCUAUGGCAAAGCACCACCAUCAGCCAAUUACCAGCAGGAGGCAGUGGCAGCAGGGGGUGGGGGUGCAGGUUAUGCCACUGUUAACCCUUACGAUGACCGAACUUCUAAUGCCACUUCUAUGAGCAACAGGGGUGGUUACUCGACGCAACUUUAUGAUUACUCGAGUCAAGAUGGUGUAUAUGGAAAACAAGAUUAUGGUGGCAGUGCUGGUUACCAAAACGCCCAGUCUCAGCGACGUUAUUAAAUUACACAUGCAACUAUUUAAUUUUACACAUUUAGAUAUUAUUUCUUUUCCAAAUUUAAAAAAACAAAGAAAUCGUUCCUAGCGCGUGAAAAAGUUGGACAAAUAUCAUUUGUCAUGAACUGUUCUGUAAUUAAUAAUUCGUCGAGAAGAGACUUUUACAUUGAAAUGAAGAAAGUAAAACGAUAGAAAAGGAUUUAAAUGAAUGUGAUUUUCUAUCUUUGUCGCGCGCAUGGGAAGCUCAUUAAAUUGCGCAUUAAGUGCAAACGAUUGUUUAAUUACAAUUUAAAAAAGGAAGUAUAAGUAACAUGAGCGUUUUAUACUUGACUUAAUAGUAUAGCAUUCUACUUUUGUCAUACUUGGCUAACAAUAUUGCUUUAGGAUUAAGUUUAGUUGAUGUACAGUUCAUUUUCCUUUUUCUUUAUCUUAAAAAUCAACCUGCGAUUCUAAAAUAUAAAAUUGUAAUUAUUAAGGAUAAAAAUAUUUACCUUAUUUGUAAAGUCAUUAAUUGGUUGAUCAUUGUGAACACAGAAAAACAUAAAGCUCAAUAACAUUAACAGAAUAUUAGGUGUAGACAAAUGAAUAUCUUAUCAUUCUGCGUGAAGAAAAAAGAAAGAAAACAAUUGUAUAUUAUGGUGUAUUUUGUUUUACAUUUAACUAUGAAGUGAUGAAAAAGAAUCUUGUAUCAAAAUAUACCGCCCCUGUUUUAUGCGUUUAAUAAUGUGAAUUUUUCAUUCUGACAAUAUUUCUACAGGUAACAAAUUUAUAAUAUAAUGAAUCAGUCUUACUGUUGCGACAUUUCAUUUCGUAUAUACACAUAUACCUACAUAUAUUUUUAAUUUAUGGAGCUCAAUUUUUGUGUGAAUUAUGUGUAAAAUGCUCUGCUUAGAGGUGACAAAAAAAUUUUUUUGUUUUUGAAAUAUCAAAUGAAAAAUGUUAGAAAAUUUAACUAUAAUUUUAGGAGUUUGUUUUAAUAGUUAUAUAAGUAGUAAUUGUAUAUUGAAAUGUCACACCGGCAGAGACAAUCAAAACGACAUAUUAAUAAUUAAAAGAAAAAAGAUAAAUAUUUAUAUGGAAUCAAGAAACAAUGUAUCUAUUCAAGGCUCGAUGUAUAUGAGUACGAAACAUUUGUCCCAACCAAUUGUGUAUAUUAAAAUAUAGAGUAAUUAUAUAGGGCAGGUGAUGUGGUUUUAUAUUCUGUUUAUUAUUAUAAAUUGCAAUGAAAUUGUCUAAACUAUGUUAAAAGUUAUCAUCGCAUGUCACUGGUAUAGUGAUAGUGAAUCAAUUUAAUAUUGUAAGAACUAGAGUAAUAACAACCAAAAUGAAAAGAAACUUUGAAACAAAGAACCAUAAAAA